UCCCAUUGUAAUGAGAGUUUGGAGGAGGAACAUAGGCCACUGCUUAUAAAAGGGUGAGUUACCCUCAAUAUGGGUAUUUGCACUGCAAGAAGAACCAUGAGUGGGUGGGUGCAGAGCUUUCUCCUCUUGGUGGCCGCCAUCCUUUCCUCUGCAGAGGAGACCUGCCCAGAUGUCAAAGUGAUUGGAGUAGGGGCUUCAGACAAGCUGAGCAUUCUGCGAGGAUGUCCUGGGAGCCCUGGAAUACAGGGACCACAAGGGCCUGCUGGUCCUGCAGGAGCAAAAGGGGAGACAGGAGCGCCUGGGGUUCCUGGGAACAUGGGACCCACUGGCUUAAAAGGAGAGCAGGGGAAUCCGGGGCAAAAAGGGCAAAAAGGUGACCAAGGGGAUCCAGGUGUGCCAGUCCCAGGGACUGCACAGAACUGUAAGGAAUGGUUGGAUCAGGGAGGUACAAUCAGCGGUUGGUACACUAUUUACACCCCCUAUGGGCUCCCUCUCUCUGUGCUCUGUGACAUGGAAACCGAUGAAGGAGGAUGGAUAGUGUUUCAGAGACGAGCAGACGGCUCGGUGGAUUUUUAUCGAGACUGGAAUUCAUACAAGAGAGGGUUCGGGCGCAAAGAGAGUGAAUUUUGGUUGGGGAACGAUAAUCUCCAUCUCCUCACAGCAACAGGGAAUUUCCAGCUCCGGGUGGACCUGACAGAUUUCAGUGAGCAGCGCACUUACGCCGCAUACAGCAACUUCCGUAUCGCUGGGGAGGCCCAGAACUACACCCUGAGUCUGGGGGGUUUCACAGGAGGAGACGCAGGGGACUCCCUCUCCGGGCACAAGAACUACCCCUUCAGCUCUAAAGACAGAGACAAUGACAUUCAUAGUGGCAACUGCGCUCAGAUGUUCAAAGGAGCCUGGUGGUACACAAAGUGCCACUCAUCCAACCUGAACGGACUCUACCUGCGUGGAAAUCACACCAGCUACGCCAACGGGGUUAAUUGGGGCGCAGGCAAAGGGAUACAUUACUCCUACAAGGUGUCGGAGAUGAAGUUUCGCCCCCAGCCUUAAGGAAGGGCGGUGACUUGAUGAUGGACAACAGCCACUGGCCGGUACUGACCCAACAGAACUUUAUAUUCUACUCCUCCUGCUUCUUUUCACUUCCAGAGAACCUCUUAAAGGGGCACUCACCAACUAAAUAUCUGUUUUCAAAGCGUUUUUUGUAGCUUAAUGUCUGGGGUUGUCCAACUUUAUCUACCUGCUUUUACUUUUGAUUCCCGCAAUAAAAUGAACCUUUGCAAAUCAGG